CUAAAGUGGGCUCGAUCGAGACUCUAUACAGUUUCCAGCUAAUUCAGAGCUCCUCCUCCCCUACGAUGAGGUAUUUGGUAAGACUGAAUCCUGCUUAAUCACAAAUUUCUCGAGUCCUCCGUCCUAGAAGUCCUGUCAUGCAUGCAAUAUCGUUGCGCAUCUGACCUCUCCUCUUUUAAAGUACAAAAACGGCGCUUUUUGUGUGUGUUAUUGCGCGGCAUGGGAGAUCCGAGUGAGCCCACCAUGGUGCAGAAGUCGUCUUCAUUCAGCAUCAAGAGCCUUCUGCUCCCGUCCAAAUAUGACAGCCCGGGCGGGUUUGAGGGCGCAGAGAGACGCAUCAGCAGCAGCCCGGCUCCGGUCCAGGAUUUAGACAAAACGCCGGAACCGGCCGAAAUGGACCCCGCGCUCCUGGAAAAGGAACAAAGAGACGCGGAAGAACCGGAGGAGCCCUCUAAAAAGGCAAAGAACGGGAAAUUCGACAAGCCGCCGUUCAGCUACAACGCGCUCAUAAUGAUGGCUAUCAGACAGAGUCCCGAAAAGCGCCUCACUCUGAACGGCAUCUAUGAAUUCAUCAUGAAAAAUUUCCCGUAUUACCGGGAGCACAAACAGGGCUGGCAGAACUCCAUCAGGCACAAUUUGAGCCUCAAUAAGUGCUUCGUCAAAGUUCCACGGCACUACGACGACCCGGGGAAAGGGAACUACUGGAUGUUGGAUCCCUCCAGCGAUGAUGUGUUCAUCGGCGGAACCACCGGGAAGCUCCGGCGCCGGUCGGCGACCUCUAGGGGCAAGCUGGUGAUGAAAAGGGGCCUCCGUUUCGCGCCCCUCGGACUCGGACUGGGCGAACGCCCGAGUAACCCGCUCUACUGGCAGCUUUCUCCGUUUUUACCCUUGCACCAUUCGCACUAUAACGGAUCCACGCAUGGAUUUCUAAACCAAGGACACGCGUACGGAUCUUUACUCCCCGGCGUCGAGCCGCUUGGAAACGGGGACAUGUCUCGUCCCAUUCUGGGAACCUCUACGGGGAGUAUCAACCUGUCAAACGGAUACGGCGUAUCCCCGCCGUCCGCCGCGGCUGGAAUACUCUCAGGGCACAAUGGAUACUUCGUUCCGGGAGCGCACCAGCCGCAAUCGCUUCAGAGCGCACCUGGAUACGGCAUUUCCAGUUCUCCGUCCUCUCUCCUGUCGGAUUCCCUAAGAACUAGUUUACCGUCCUUCACGUCGUCCCUUUCUAGUGGACUUUUGCCUCAACACAAACGGGUCGCGCCCAAUUCUUUCCUCAGCUGAGCGUUACGCGCGCGCUCUCCAAUGGAAAUAUCCAAACCAACACGAUAAACGUUCCUCGGAAACCUCGCAACGAAACAUGCAGCUCUUCCUUGAGGACUAUAUAUGUCUGUCGGGAAUUUUGUGUGUGUGUGUGUGUGUGUGUGUGUCUAUUUAAGAUAAUUUUGUAAUGGUAGUACGAUGUUAUGCCAAAGGCAGCAACUGUAUGUGUUAUUUUCUUUCUUUCUUUUUUUCUUUCUUUUUUUUUUUUUAAGUAUUAUUUAUAGCUCGAUUAUUUCUUUGUGAAUGGUUUUGUAUUUAUUAAACAUGUUGAAUAAGUAUUUCAUCCCGUGGUACUGUGGGAUUAUGUUAUUAUAAGAUGGUCGGCACAUAUUAUUCGUUUAGUAUCGCUAAUUCCUCUGUUAUUUAACAUAUUAUGUCCCAAACUGUAAAUGCGCCUUAAUAUAUGAAAUCAGGGUUUGACAACAGGGAGAUCGUCUUUGGACUGACUCAGGUGUGCGUUCUGACAAUGAAAAACUAUUAUGAUGAUGAUAAAAACUGUAAAAUCUGUAUGCGAUGUUUUAUACAUUUGCCUGAUAGGUUGAGUCUGUGUGUGUCAUGAAAUGACUCGCAAAGAUAAGCUACUGAAUUAAAGUUUUAAAGCACUGUUUUAAAUGAGCUCUUUGUGUGCGAUGAGUUUGUAUAUCUGUACAUUCUGCCACCUAAAAUGCUGUUUUGUGAUAUAACUGGAUUUUUUUUCUUUUCUUUUUUUAUGGGGGGUUUCGGGACGAUUUUUCAGCAUUGGUUGCUCUUAAAACAAGCUACCACACCAUUUAUAACUUUAAAACGAACCCCUAUCUGUGCAAACUGGCGUUUAUUUGGUGACUCAUCAGAAAUGUGAUUUCUGGAAAUGUUUUUUGUCCCUUCUAACCAACAUGUGAUUUUAGAGUUUUGCACCUUUAGUUGCUAUAGUUAUUUAAUGUGCUGAAUUUGUACUAGUUUGUUGUUGUUGUUUUUUUUCUUGUCUAUAUUGCCUGAACUUGAGUUCAGAACAAAGAAAUAAA